CGUGGCCAUGGAGAGGAACGUGAAUGGAAAAGGAAACAGGGCAGCUGCUACUUGGGAUUUGAGGAAAACGGCUCUGUUCUGCCUUGCCUCUAGGUUCUGCAAGUUGCCAGAGUCCUCAGCCACCGGGAACCAGCACUGGAGCUGCCCAAAAUCACUACUACUGCUCUCAUGGGAGCUGGUAUUGGAACCACUGAUGGAGCUGCUGUGUUUAGUGAUUUUCACGAGUUGUGACAUCGAGAUAAAUGCUUUUGCCAUGACACAAUGGAACAGAUUGUUGAUUCUUUGUUGUAGUCUCUUAUCUCACAAGUCACCAGGAAGCCCCAAAUCGUCACUCACCAUCGUCGCACCAUCAUCAUCGCUGCAUUCUUCCCGGCGCCGCUGCCUCCUUCUUCCCGGCAUCACUGAGUCUCUCCACGGCGUCGCUGCUUCUCCCCUCUCCGAGGCUUCACCGCUUCUCCACGGUGUCCUUGCUUCUCCCUUGUUCAGUUUCUACCUCGCUGCUUCUGCUUCACUAUCUUGGCUGAUUGUGGAUUGUGCUUCGCUGCUGCUGCUUUGCUGCUGCUGCUUCGCUGCAUUGGCCGUUUGUGGGUUGUCAUCUGUGGAAAACUAUGUUGGAGGGGAAAUCGAACUUCAUUAAGGUCAAACUUUUAAGAGCAAAUGUUACAGAGUAAAAGUCAUGAACUUAUGGAUCGGACAUGAUGAUAAAUCUAUUUGCUACUU